AUGGGAAGGCCGUCCAUUGAGGCGCUGGCAAUGGCGGACGCCGACUGGCGGGCGCAGCACUACGCCUUCGACGACGACGACGACGACGACGACGACCAAGCAGGCGCGCCGCCGGAGCACCUGCGCGCCUUCGAGGCGUUCAUCGACGCGGUGGUGCCGGCGGACAUGGUGCUGGCGUUCGGGCGCGAGCAGAGCGCGCGCGCGCGGCGCGGGGAGCGGCGCCCAAGCCACCAGGAGGACGUCAAGGAGAAGCUCAAGCUCUGGGCCAAGGCCGUGGCCGCCAAGGCGAGACAAGACAUCAUCAAACACAACAACAAGAAUAAUGCAUGCGUACACGGUGUCUAG